AUGGGACUUUGGGCACGUUACAACGCAUUGUUGGAGGCACAACCUCUUUUGACCAAGGCUUUGACCUCCUUGACCGGUUUCACAGCCGGUGAUAUCUUGGCUCAAAACUUUGUCGAAGACAGCGACAAGCCCUACGAUAUCAUGCGUACUGUCCGUCUUGGAUCCUUCGGUUUCUUGAUUCACGGAACCACUGGACACUACUUUUACGGAUUCUUGGACUCCAAGAUGCCUGGAACCAAGCCCAUCACGGUCGCCUCCAAGGUCGCCAUUGACCAAACCAUCUGGAACCCCAUCUUUGGAUGCAUGUUCUUUGGUUACCUAAACGCUGUCGAGGGCAAGUCCAUGGACGACUACGUCAGCAAAAUCAAGCAAGAUCUGCAAACUGCCGUCAUGGGAUCUUGGGCUGUUUGGGUCCCAGCACACACUAUCAACUUUGCUUUCAUUCCUCCUUCGCAACGAUUGCUUUACAUUAACACUAUCCAAAUUGGAUACAAUGUCUUCCUUUCCUUCCUUGGAAACAAGAGUGUUGAUGAAGAGAAGAAGGAGUAA